GACUUGAAUUUGACGUUUCUGUGGUAAAUAAACAACAUUUGGACGAUGUCCCUUUUCCCGGCUUAUGAGCCAACGCCAGGUCCUUCUGUUGAUCAGAAAAAGAAUGAGGAAAAUUACGAGGCGAAAUCCUGGCUUACAAAUUCAACUUUUAUCCCUUUUCAAACUGUGCCUUUACCAAGCACAAGUGAAUCCGUAGCAACUCAGGAAAUUGGCAGUGAAUCCCCCCAGAGUAGCAGCAGUGAAUCAGUAGAACAUGAGGACCGACACCGGCACUCGAAAAAGAGGAAAAAAGACAAGAAAAAGAAAAGGAAGAAAUCGCGCAGGGAAACCCCAGAAAAGACGAUUGAAUUCACUGGCGAGGAAGAGUACUACGUGGAUAAAGAUCCCGCAAGGGGUUACCUAUCAGUGGAAAGACUGCACAGACCAGCAUGCCCAAGAUAUCGCCGGAUCCUUCGCCAACUAGGAUACGUUAAAGGGUCUCCAAAAGAGAAAAAACGUCGUUACUUCUCCAGAAAAUACUGGGAAGCAGAAACCGAACAAGCGCUUGCUCCUCCAACCAAUACUUUGCCGGAGGAAGAAUUUACCGCCAAAAACAAAGAAUUCAAUAAAAUACUCGCCCAAAACCCGAAAAACGCAAAUGCCUGGGUUGAGUACAUCCACCACCAAGACAGGAUGCCCAUGCGAACCACCAAAACCCAAAUGGCAGAGAAAAAAAUCGAAAUCAUAGAAAAGGCUCUGGUGCACAACCACGGCAACGAGAAGCUGUACAAGUUGUACGUGGAAAUUGUGGAUUCAACUUAUCCCUCGUUUGAAGUCAGCAAGUUUCUUGAUAAACUUUUGGAUAAAGAUCCAACCAAUUAUAUUCUCUGGAGCGCACAGAUUCAGGCAACGCAAGGUUCCAUGGCGCGAUGUAUUGUCCCGGAUGUGCUGAAGCUUUACGAGCAAUGCAUGCAGAAGAUGUAUCGCAAGUCGCAGGACGACGAAGUCAUGCUGAAACUUUUCAAUGGCUGCGCUCUUUUCUUGCGACAAUCUGGUUUGAGUGAACAAUUCUUCGCCCUAAUAAAACUCGCUCUCGAGCUGAACGUUUCAGUUGAUAAAUUCAAUAAAAUACAGCCUGAAGAGAAAGAUCAACAGACAUUAAUCGAAUACGAGGAGGUAAUCCUGAAAUCAGGACUUCCAAUGAACGAGAUUUGGCUGCGCAUUGAGAAACUUCGUCAGAACUACAAUUUCUUACCAUGUCCAAGUACAAGUAACUACAGCGAUCCACAGCGCAUCGUCUUCAACGAGGACAUUUGCUAUUUUAUCUACCCAUUGGCAAAUAAAGAGAACUGUUUUGCUUUGAUUAUAAUCAUCUUGAGACUUCUGAAGAUUCCUUUUCUGUCGACAUCGAGUCUUCGUAAUCGGUUUCUUUUCGAUGCAUCGCAAAACUUGAGCGAAUUCGAUGCCAUUGAGGACAUUCUGGGAGUGUGCUUACAUAAGACAACGAGUCUAUUUGUCGACUCCUUAAAUUUCGAUCUGACUCUUUACGAGCUAGUCAAGGAGAUGAUUUUGGGACCGUCUUUCUUAAGUGCAAAUAUUGGACAUGAAAUCUAUUUGAAGACGAUUGUUGAUAUCCUUACACUUUGUUCAGAAUGCUAUCAAAGCGAUGAAAGGAAGCGAACCAUUUUUGUACUUCUAUGGCUUAAGUUUGAGAGGAUUUCGUUGAUAAUUGAGCGGAUAAGCCAAAAAUUAUCGAAUGAGGCCAUGAAAAAGAUCAAAUCAAAAGUAAAAAAUCUCCUCAAAAGGGAGGAGAAUCGAAAUGUCCUGAACUUCUAUACAGAAUAUGCGCUAAUUGAAUACGAGUUUGGCAAUCUGCAUGUGGCUGAGAAUAUUUUCGUAACAUCCAUAAGUGGAGGAGGUUCAGAAGUACCAAAAUCGGACUUUUGUCAUGCUCAUGUGACAUACGCCGAAAUUUUAAUCCAAAAUCAAAACUAUAUCAAGGCCUUGAAAGUCCUGACCUGCUUCGCUCUGGACAUUUCCCUUGAAGAACUGGACGGCGAAAUUCUAAGCGAGCCUCGCAAACUACUCUCCCUAAAAAAGUUAACUGAAAGAUUGGCCGAUCUAGCCUUUAUCGAGAAAAAUGUCCAAAUAAUGGAACUGGAACAAUAUUUCCUUCCAGACUAUUUCAUCAGCUUGUUAAAAGCAAAAAUUUAUUACCAAGUUCUACUAAAAAAUAAACUUGAAGCAAUGGCAUCACUGGAGAACCUUCUUCGACACUUUGUUGAAAAGAAUCCUCGUCACAUAUUCAUCCGGGAAGGUAUCUACGAAUUAUACCUGAAAAUAAUGCAGUUCCCCGAUCGGACGUGUCUGGUCUCAAACCUUCUAAUAUACGAAACUCUCUCGAGAGCUCUGAAUGAGUUUCCAGAAAAUCUGUAUCUACUGAAAACCUGUGCAUCGCUAGACAACCAACCUUGGUACAAACUACGCAGCCUCUUGACUAGCACGAAAUCCCCACUUGGAAUAAUUUUCCUGAUAGCAGCGGCGCGUUGUCGUUUCACGAAGUACAGGAGUGAAAAUGUACAAGGUGACAUUGGAGUUUAUUCUUCAAAUAUCGACGGCAGUGAAACCACAUAUAAGAGGCGAGUCGCCAAUAUUUUAAAGGAAGCAGUACAUAAAAGUUCACCGUUACGCAAGAAUUCCUUAGUUUGGCGAUUUUAUUUAAGGAGUUUAUGUGAUAUUCAAGCGACAUUUGAAAGAAGCAGGGAUGCCCUUUUUACAGCAUUGGAUGAGUGUCCGUGGCAUAAGGCCCUGUAUCUCGACGGAUCGGUUUACGUUCCACAAGAAUUGGCUCAAAUGCAGGAUCUGAUGAUUGAGAAGCAACUGCGAAUUUACGCUCUUCCAGAAGAAUUAGAAAUCUUGAGAAAUGAUUCUUUUGAAGCUCCAACAGUGUCUUAGUUUUGUUUUAAUUAAUAUGUAUA